AGAGGCCGAAGGAGCUCCUUCCAAACUUCCAGUGAAACCCAAACAAGAGUGGGAACUUUGACUCAGUUAAGGUGGACUCGGUACCAGAACCCUGACCCAGAUCGGAUCCGAACAGUCCCGGUCAGAGUUCUAAAUGAAAGCCGUGAUUCUCGCCGCCGGGUACGGAACCAGGCUGCAGAGGGAUGUUUCCGCUGAUCGCAGCGGCAGGUUCGCUCACCUGGUGGGGGUUCCGAAGCCGCUGCUGCCGGUGGGCCGGUUCCCGUUGAUAACCCACUGGGUCCGGGCUCUGAACCGGUCCCGAACCGUGGACGGGAUCUAUGUGGUGACCAACGCGCUCCACCAGGCUGAGUUCCUGCGAUGGGCCGAGGAGUUCCCAGAGGUCCAGGUUCUCAGCGACCAGACCAGAACCAACGAUGAGCGCCUCGGCGCCGUCGCCUGCCUGCAGCUCGCCAUCAAGCACUUCAACAUCCAGGACCACGUGGUCGUCAUCGGGGGAGACACGCUGUUCAGGGAGGACUUCAGCCUCGGCGCCGUGGCAGAGAAGUUCUGCGGGCUGCAGGCGAGCAGCGAGGACGGCUGCCUGGUUCUGUCCUACCAGUGCGGGGACCGAGAGACCCAGAAGUACGGGAUCCUGGAGGUGGACCGUGACCUCCGCGUUCUCCGCAUGAAGGAGAAACCCGAGCCGUCAGAGACCGAGUCCAGGAGAGCCUGUCCGUGUUUCUACGUGUUCUCCAGGGGAACCCUUCCUCUGCUGGACUCCUUCCUGCAGGAGAAGAAGGACGCUCCGCUUGAAGAGAAGGACGCUCCGGGGAACUUCCUGUCCUGGCUCAUUCAGAGGAAACCCGUCUACGUCCACGAGGUCUCCGGCCGCUUCGACGUGGGGAACCUGCCGGCGUACCUGGAGUGUGAGCGCUACUUCAGGGAGAACCUUCAGGAGGAGACGGCUUACAUGGUGUAGAAGAACCAGAACCAGCCUGACCCGGAACGUUCCAUCGGAUCCAGAACGCUUCACGCUGUGAGGAGCCGCCCGCACCGAUCAGAGGCCUUCUCACGCCUGUCCUCCAUCUUGGCGACGCGCGAGCCGAACUGCAUGGCCCGCUUGGGCAGCGCCGCCGAUUGGCCGAGGCCCAGCCGCCGCGCCGCCGACCUCAGCAGCAGCUUGUCGCCGGCGCCGCGGGGCAGAACCAGGUCCGCUUUGACCCAGACGGGCAGCGAGUUCAGGUAGCUCACCACGUCCUCGUCCAGGUAGGGGAACCUGCGGACAGACGGGACAGCGUGGCUUUCACUACACCUACAGGUCCAGUCAGGCUGAGGCGCUCCGACCAGAACCGUCCGGACCACACAGACCCGCAGCAGAAUAAAACUCUGUUAAAUUUUAAUUAACAGUUAAAAUAAUCCUGUUAAAUGAAGCGGAGCGGCUGGUUCUCUUAACCAGGUUAGCAGAACCAGCCGACCCGGUUCUGAGCUUCACAAACACGCCGCUUUGAUUCAUUCCGUGGCCCAGAUGGUGACGAUUGUUUAUGUUCCGUUAAUUUACAAAUUUGUUAAUAAAGAAUGAUU